GUCGAGCAAGCAAGCCAGCAGGCCCCUCACGAGCCUCCACAGUCGAUGACAUCAGCCUACAAUGACGCCAUAGAUCGCAUAGCAGCCUUUGCCAAGCGCAGACACUGUGAGCUCGCCUCUCUGCCCACUAUACCGCAUCGAGACGAACUUGACCGGGCACUCUCUGGCUUGCUACGCAAUGUCCCAAUUGGGCCUGAGCCUCUCUCGGAAACGUUGGACUGCUUGCUCGGAAGUAUUGUACCUGCACUCGCUCAAGGUCAAGCUGGACCGCGCUAUUUUGGCUUUGUCACCGGUGGAACGACGGAUGCAGCUCAGCUCGCCGACUUUCUCACCACCUUGCUCGACACCAAUGCCGCAGUCAAUCUGCCAGGCGCGAGCAUUGCCACCUAUGUAGAGGAUCUGGCGCUGCGCUAUGUGCUUCAGAUGGUCGGACUGCCGCCUGACGUCUACCAAGGCAUCCUCACAACGGGCGCAACAUCGGCUAAUAUCCUCGGACUGGGCUGCGGACGCAACACGGUCAUUCGACGCGUCAGAGCGAGCGAGGGUGAGUCAGACUGGGAUGUAUCACUUGACGGCCUCGGGGGUGUCGAUGUCGAUGUAUUCUGUGCUGGCGCGCAUGUGUCUGUACUCAAAGCGGCAGGCGUGCUCGGUAUAGGUCGACGAAACUGUCACGAUCUCACAAAAGACGGCACACCGGCUGAUUUCGAUCGCGCCAAACUCGAGACCAGGCUGAGAGAGAAUGUCGAACGUCGAAGAGGAAGCAUCGUCGUAGCCUCGGCCGGCGAGGUCAAUACUGGCGCGUUCACAGACUUGUCGGGCUUAUCCGAACUAUGCCAAAUGUACGGAGCUUGGUUCCACGUUGAUGCAGCGUUCGGCUAUCUAGCUUUGCUCCAUCCUCUCUUCAAGCAUCAUCUUCGCGGGUUCAGCGAUGCAGACUCUAUCACGACAGAUGCACACAAGCAGUUCAACGUGCCUUACGACUGUGGCGUGUUCUUCACCCGAUCUAAGCGCAUCCUGCUCGAUCUCUGCGCUUCCGGACCGGCGGCGUAUCUAGAUGAUAUGCACAUGACUUGCCACCCGAUAGAUGAGGAUGAGACACUUAUGGUGGCCAGAGCAUUGUCUGCCAAACUGCCGUCGCCUCUCAAUCUUGGCCUCGAGAACAGUCGGCGCUGUCGUGCUCUGCCGCUUUUUGCCUCCUUGACCUCUCUGGGUGUGCUUGGAUACAGCGAGCUCGUCGAACGCCAGUGCGGCUUCGCCGCAGCAGUUGCCCAUAUGAUCCGAUCCGAUUUCGCUAAAGAGCUUUACCUCAUCAAUAGCGAUCAGGACAUGUACAUCAUCGUGCUCUUCGCGCCUGCACGCACCUGCACAAAUCCUCGGUACAGAGGCAAAGAGGGUAGCGGCAACUUCACCGACGACAUCAAUGCCACCCGAAAGCUCUACCUGACAAAGACAAACUGGAGAGGCACUCCGGCAAUCAGAUUGGCAGUCUCAAAUUGGGCAACUAGCAUGUCCGAUCUCACCAUCGUGCGACAAGUCUUCGAAAAGCUGUUGCUAUAA